CUAACUCAUAUAUCUAACCCAUUCACAGCUAGACUCCUGUUAUAGACCGUCUGAUGACAGACGAAGAAAUACCUGUGAUUCCCUACCCUAUCUUGCUGCAUCUUUUUUGAUAGAAUUUCUGCUAUGGCUUUAGAAACCCCUCUUCAGGAGAACAAGAAAAAGGGAGGCCCCUCCAAAAGGGCAUUCCGGCAAAUGAGAGAACGACGAAGGGAAGGCAUCAUCAAAAAGGCCUCCGAGUAUAGCAAGCUAUGCGAAGCGGAUGUUUGUCUAGGCAUCCGAUUGAGGGGUUCUGGUCGCGUGUACACGUUCUUAGCUGACCAGAGUGGGAUUUGGUCCUCCUUUGAGUCUCACUUGGAAAAGUACUAUCCUACGCCCAUUCGGAGAACGAUCGAGAACAUUCCACGAUCGCGAAAUACCCAGCACGGCCGCCAGGAUUCGGAGACAGCUGGAGACAAAAUCGAAUCUACAAAGACUAUGUGAUUUGGGAGGGAUUAAAUAUGGCCCGAGUCGGAUGACAGGAUAAAAUCCAA